GAGAAAUGGAGGUGGAGCAGCUCCCUGGCUGAAGGGGAAUCUUCCUUCUACCUUCUGAUCAUCUUCCUUAAUCGUGAUUACAACCAACACACACACACAAUCGUGCGUAAAGAGCCCUUUUGACAAUAUAUUCUCUCUUGCUCCUUUUCCCUGGUAAUUUUCCACUGUAAUCUUUAGAUCCGUCCUGAGAAUUUUUCUCUUCUCGAUCCCUUUUUUGGUUUUUUGGUGCCCAUCAGCGUAUACGAUUUGUGUAUGUAUCAUUUUGGGUUCCAAGCAUUUUCCUAAUCGAUGCAAAAUCGAGCCGAAAAUAGAUAGAGAAAGGGUUGCACGAGCCGUUUCAUGGGCAACACAUGCCGUGGAUCAUUCGGAGUCAGACCUUUUCAGGGCUACACUCAGCCCGAAGAACAAUCAAACUCCAAGCACAAAUCUUCACCCGGCCGCUCAAACUCCUCUAACAGCUACUCCCCGACCAGCCUAACCUCCCAACACCUCGUCGCUCAAGAAUUCUCCAAAAAAAGCAAAAAAGACUCGAAUUUGCCGCCUCCCGUUAGCUCAAAGAAAGAAUAUAGUAGCACCAUGAGCCGUAACUCGACAAAUCAGGCUUACUUCGUGUUGGGUCAUAAAACCCCGAAUAUCCGUGAUCUUUACGUAUUGGGCCGUAAAUUGGGUCAAGGCCAAUUCGGCACAACUUAUUUAUGCACCGAGAUCUCAACUGGUGUAGAAUAUGCUUGUAAGUCGAUAUCGAAGAGAAAAUUGAUCUCAAAAGAGGAUGUUGAAGAUGUGAGAAGGGAGAUUCAGAUAAUGCAUCAUUUGUCGGGGCAUAAGAAUAUAGUUACGAUUAAAGGGGCUUAUGAGGAUCCUUUGUAUGUUCAUAUUGUUAUGGAACUCUGUGCCGGGGGUGAAUUGUUUGAUCGUAUUAUUCAAAGGGGACAUUAUAGUGAGCAUAAAGCGGCUGAGCUGACGAAGAUCAUUGUUGGGGUUGUUGAGGCGUGCCACUCGCUCGGGGUCAUGCAUAGAGACCUUAAACCGGAGAAUUUCUUGUUGGUUAAUAAGGAUGAUGAUUUCUCUCUCAAAGCUAUUGAUUUCGGGCUUUCGGUUUUCUUCAAGCCAGGUCAGAUUUUCAAGGACGUGGUGGGGAGCCCAUAUUACGUGGCGCCUGAGGUUCUUUCGAAGCAUUAUGGCCCAGAAGCAGACGUGUGGACAGCUGGAGUUAUAGUCUAUAUAUUGCUUAGUGGUGUACCUCCUUUUUGGGCUGAGACUCAGCAGGGAAUAUUCGAUGCUGUAUUGAAAGGACAUAUUGAUUUUGAAUCUGACCCUUGGCCACUAAUAUCAGAAAGUGCUAAGGAUCUUAUAAGAAAGAUGCUAUGCAUGCAACCAUCCGAGCGGUUAACUGCUCAUCAAGUAUUAUGUCAUCCUUGGAUAUCUGAAAAUGGCGUUGCGCCAGACAGAGCCCUAGAUCCAGCUGUCCUUUCUCGUCUCAAACAAUUUUCCGCAAUGAAUAAGUUAAAGAAAAUGGCAUUACGGGUAAUAGCUGAAAGCUUGUCAGAAGAGGAAAUUGCAGGCUUAAGAGAGAUGUUUACAACUAUGGACACUGAUAACAGCGGAGCAAUCACAUUUGAUGAACUCAAAGCUGGUUUAAGAAAAUAUGGAUCUACUUUAAAGGAUACAGAAAUACGUGAUCUUAUGGAUGCGGCCGAUGUAGACAAUAGUGGGACCAUUGACUACGGAGAAUUUAUAGCAGCCACAAUUCAUUUGAAUAAACUCGAACGUGAAGAACAUCUUUGGGCUGCAUUCCAAUACUUCGACAAAGAUGGAAGUGGCUAUAUUACAGUUGAUGAACUUCAACAAGCUUGUGUAGAACACGGCAUGACAGAUGUUCCCUUGGAAGACAUUAUCAAAGAAGUUGACCAAGAUAAUGAUGGUAGAAUUGAUUAUGGAGAAUUUGUUGCCAUGAUGACAAAAGGCAAUGCUGGUGUUGGAAGGCGAACAAUGAGAAACAGCUUAAAUAUAAGCAUGAGGGAUAGUCCCCGAGCUUUUUAGAUUCUACUUCAACAUUGUACCAGGUAAAGGCCAUCUUCUUUGAUAUCUAUCAUCUUCUACUUUUGUGAUCACUGCUAAAAGCUUAAAAUUAUUGUGUUGCAUAUAAGAACAUAAUGCAUUGAAGGGUAACGACAGGUUUGUUGUUACAUAAAAAAUCUUAGAGCAUGUUUGUUUAUAAAAAAUUCUGGUUUGUUGGGAUUUGUUGAUUUGGUUUUGUUAAUUUUGAAAAAUGUGGUAUGGUUAGUUGUUAGUGGGUAUAUUAAAAUAAUGUUU